CGCUUUCCUAUUGGGUGAGCCUCCUCCAGCGCUUCCGGGUCAGGAGGGGCGUUUCCGGGGCCGAGGGAAGAUGGCGGCGACGAUGCGGAUCCAGAGUGAUUGGAACCAGGUGCUGAGGAGGAACGAAGGCGAAGCCUGGCUGAGCUGCAGGAGCCCAGGGAAAUCUACUUUGUAUGGCAGCCUGACAUGCCAGGGAGUAGGCUCAGAUGGAAUUCCAGAGAUCUCAGCCUCUGAAGGAUUUUUUGUAAAUGAAAUAACCAAGAAAAGCAUACUUGUUUCUUGCCCUCAUGAAAAUGUUUCCACAAAAUUUUUGGCACCAUACACAAGCUUUUGCAGAAUUCAUCAAAAAAGCCCCCAAAAAAUACAUGAAGCAGCCACAUAUGAUGCAAAGAGGCACUUGGCUUUCUUGAUAAUCUGCAUUGAUAUUUCCAGUGGCGGGGGCCUUGGCGUAUCUUCCAGCACCGAUGGAACCAUGAAAAUCUGGCAGGCGGCUAAUGGAGAAAUAAGAAGACUGUUGGAAGGCCAUGUGUAUGAUGUGAAUUGUUGCAGGUUUUUCCCAUCGGGCCUUGUGGUUCUGAGUGGGGGAAUGGAUGCCCAGCUAAAGAUCUGGUCAGCAGAAGAUGCCAGCUGCGUAGUAACGUUUAAAGGUCACAAAGGAGGUAUCCUGGACACAGCCAUUGUGGAUCGGGGAAGAAAUGUCAUUUCCAGUUCUAGAGACGGCACUGCCCGCCUCUGGGAUUGUGGGAAAUCUGCUUGCCUAGGCGUUGUUGCAGAUUGUGGUUCUCCUGUGAAUGGCAUUGCUCUGGGUAUUGCUGACAAUACAAUAAAUCUGAGCUCACCUGAAAAUGCACCUAGUGAACGAGAAAUUGGGACAGAAGGGAAAAUCCUACUGUUGGCUCGGGAAGACAAAAAGCUCCAAGGUGUGGGAUUACAGAGCAGGCAGCCGGUGUUUCUCUUUGUUGGAUCCGAUGCAUUUAACUGCUGUACCUUCCUCUCAAGCAUCUAUCUUCUAGCAGGGACUCAGGAUGGAAAUAUAUAUCAGCUGGAUGUGAGAAAUACAAAGGCUCCAGUUCAGAUCAUUCAUAGAUCAGGAGCACCAGUGCUUUGUCUGCUCCCUUAUAGAGAUGGAUUUAUUGCCAGCCAAGGUGAUGGAACCUGCUUUAUUAUUCAGCAAGAUCUUGAUCACGUAAUUGACCUCACAGAAGCAGACUGUGACCCUGUAUACAAGGUAGCUACAUGGGAGAAACAAAUCUAUACAUGCUGCAGAGAUGGGAUGGUGAGGAGAUACCAGCUUUCUGACCUCUGACCAUUUGUGGUGUGUGGAAAAGAGAUGAACUAAGAAACAAGGCUAAAGUCUAGCUAGGUUAGAACCUAGGCCAUGUAGCAUUUCCAAAUAAAAGCAAUGCUACCUUUCUAGGACUGUACAGUAUAUAUGAAGUGUGUAUAUAUAAGCUUUGAGAACAUUGUUGUGAUAAAAUCUAAGAACAAGGCUGUACAUAGAAUUCUUGAUCUUGUGCUGCUUAUUACAACCAAAGUUUAGACCAUUCUGUUGCAUUAACAUCUUCUAUAAGCUGUUUACUGGAAGACCCUUUGUAUCUGCAAUAUAUGUACGGAACUGUUUUCAACAUUCAGUGAACAAUUUUGGUAUUUCUAACAAGACCAUGAUCUUGGGGCUGGAGAGAUGAGAUCUGGAGGUGACCAUACUGCAGAAUUGAUUGAAAUAAAGGGAUUGACUUUUGAUGACCCCUUUUCUAGAGAAGUUUGUGCAUUUUCAAGACAGUUAAUUUAAAAGCAAAACGACUGUGUCCAUGUCACAUUCAACACCUCAUAACCUUUCUUGUGACUCUGUUCUACAAUAAAAAGUAUGAUUUUGUGAA